AUGCCAGAUGGACAGAUUGCGUCCUGUUCGAUCCGUGAUGACGGCAUCCGCGAAGCUCUCUGCAUCCAAAGCCCGGAAGAAUGGGAAGAUUCGAGCGAGCUGAUAGAGCGCAUGGGCUUGUCCGAACGCCUUGAGCAGCUAAAAAACAAUUUGAAGUUCAAGAAGAGGAUCAUUAUCAACAGUAGCAGGUUGAGGAACAAGACGAGCAUUCAGCAACCCAUACUUCCAGCAUCACCUGGUCAGCUGGAGUAUCCUGGACGGCGCCCAGUCUUUAACGAGCUACCGAUUAAGGAUCCGACAUCGGCUGCGUUACACGCUUGGAAGCCUGAAGAGGAGUCGCCGUCUUACAGCUUUGUAUCGCCUCUUAAUCAACAGGAGCCUUUGGCCGUCAUCAAAAGCAAAUUUCAGGCUUCUCUGAAGGCCAAUUUGACCCGCGAUGCAUCAGCAACGACUGAUUCGCCGUCCUUCCAAACGGACCUGUCGGUCACGCCAUCAGAAAUCGACACCUCGGCCCUGUUGGAAGAGCUUCUCAGUCUCUCAAACGAAGACACUGCCCCGCUCGUCAUGGCACCAGCUCCAAUCUUCCCGGAUGAUUCUUUGGUGACAUCCACAACAGAAACAGAAACAGAAACAGAACCCAGCGUGGAGUUCCUGGAAUCGGAUUUCCUAAUCGCCCCUCCGCCCCCCCAAGCUCCGUUUCUUAUUUCAUUUCUGGAUGGCCCAACAGUAUUCUCCGUCUUUUCUGAAGGGACUGUAGGAACGACAGAGGGAUUUGAAGCCUCUUCAUUGAGCACUAGCCAAGUUGAGACUACGACGAGUCCCCAUCGCCUUAGCACUCAGCAGGAGUCGACGGUGACGGAAGCGACUAGACUCUCGACCGACGCGACGACCACUCCGCUCGCCACUUCAACAAUUCAAGGUACCAUCCAGCACUUGGAUCCGAUCGGAUCGACUCAGACGACGGACGCUCCGACGGAUUCUUCCCACACUUUCACGACAUUCUUGGUCUCUUCUACAACAGAUGUUUCCUCGUCGCCUGCCGACGAAACUAACCCGACAGACGCGUCGCCCGCACACGUUUUCUCUACCACUAAUCCUAUCGAUACCACCUCUUUACUCACUGUCUCUACAACUGCACCGCUCGAUAACAACCCGACCACUAACCAAGAUACAAUGACUAUGACUGAAGGGCUCGAUAAUAGUUCGUCUAUAAAUGGCGAACUCUUGUUGAGCUCUACGACCACUGGCCCGUCGGUGCCAAUGACUGUUACACCCGACGAAUUGACUACCUUCUCUUCGUUGACAGAGACAAGUGAUACGCCCAGUAUAUCAGUGUCGUCGUCAACAACUUUAGCUAGUCAAGGCAGCACAUCGUCUGUUCAGUCGACGGAAACCACUCCGCAGCCAUCGUCGGCUACGGAAGUGAUUUCAACUGUUUCAGUAGAUAGUCAGAGUGUGUUAGGCAACAACGAAUCAACAACAGAAGGAUCAUCGGGAUUUGCGUCGACGAUAACUAGUCAAACCGAAAUCGUCACACUUACAGAUUCGAUCACAAGCGAGCAAAGUGGAAGCGCAGACGAAACGAAUUCAUCGACAAUGAGCACUUUUACCAAUGACAACUUGACAUCCGCGAGUCCGUCCGUAACAGAAACUCUUGCUUUUGAGGAUGUUUCCGGUACGACGGUGGUUAACACGAUUCAAUCUGUUACCGACGAGACAACGACAGAACCAAACGCUGUGACUACUGCAGGGCCAUCUGCUGCAGAUGCUGUUGUUACACAAAAUUCCGUUGACAAAACCACAACGAUUGCAACGGAGCUGACGGAGCCCGGUUCGACAACCAUGGUCGAUACUGUUGCGAUAACUGAAGAAAGUUUGAAUUCUGAGCGGGAAACGACGUCGACGUCAAGGCCAUCUACCACCCUUGAAUCGACAACGUCUUCGCCGGAAAUAACAUUUACUCAGCACGAAAAUCUAAUAACCGAUCCUGUAGGUACGGAAGAAACUCUGAACCAAUCACAAGUUACUGGCAGCACGGUGGAAUCCAGUACAGCGAGUACAACGUUCAGUUCAGACUUAACAGUUGACGAAACGACAACUGAGAAACAAAUGCUGGAGAUUGGAUUGGUGACCCAACCGGAAGAUUUAAGUACCGGUUCUUCUAGUUCCACUCAAGACGCUGAUAAAACAACACAAACAUCUCAGACAAAUGGUCAAAGCGAAACGACUACUCUGUCGAACAUUUUGUCGUCGAUUCAGAGCACGCUUACGUUUAUCAACGAUGUUACGUCAAAACCUAUUGUACAGACUACCGAGACCGCAUUUACGGAAACCGAAGAGAUUUCUACUAAUGGUCCAGCGCAAUCACAAGCCGUGACGGAACUGAGUAGUUCAACAACCAUUGAAAUGCAAACUGAAUUAUUUACAACUCCAGCGCUGACUACUAAUUCAGAAUUUGAAACAGAUGUUGUUGCUACACCUUCCUCACCAUCAGCAUCACCUACUAAUUCCACCAAUGUAACCGUAGGCCAAGAAACUACUUCCUUUCAGGAAAAUGCGAUGCUGAUGACUGAAUCCCAGUCCGUCACUAGCACUACACUCGGUGCAAGUGAACCAGCUACUACAGAAGGUACGACCAAUGAAUCGACUCUUUCUUCCAGUUCCACCCCAUCCAUCAAUCCGACAACAAUUAUCGGAUUCCCAAGUCAAGAAACAACUGUGGUCGAUACCACAAAUAAUCCAAAUGGGCAAGAAACAACGUCGAUAUUUAGCCAGUCUAGUACUUUCAAUCAAGAAACAACAACGGAAAGUAAAGAAACGGUCAUCUUCGGGGACACUACUUCUACGACAAGAGAAGAAACUACACAAAAUGAACAAAUAACAACACCUUCGGUAGUAUCAGUAGAAAAUAUCACUAAUGAAUCAAUAACGGAACUAACAGAGCAAGCUUCGUCGGCGACAACAACUUUUAGACCUUCAACCACCCUGGUGUCGACAACUUCCCAAUCAGAAAAUAGUGCAACCGAUUCUUUGGAUUUUGAAACCACCCAGAAUCAAGCGCAAUUCACGGGAGUCACCGACGAGUUUUCAAGUACCAUAGGUAGUUUAACUUCUAGUAAUCCAGCUGUCAUGUCUACCGAAAGAACAACUACAGUGAAAACAACUACGGAUAUACAGGAGCCUGUCACUGAAUUGUCCUCACAGACGGAGGACUUUACGACUACCAUCAGUUUUAGUGCUUCUACUUCCUCGGUAAAUGAUGAAACGUCUGGUGGAAGCGAGACGACGCGAGACGAUAUGUUCUCCUUCACAAACGACUUGACUACGUCGGCUUUAGUGCAGACUACAGAGUCAACCGGAACCGACCAGAUUCAAACAACUGUUCAAAGUCAAACUGAAGAAACUCCAUUCAGUACUACAUUGCGUACUUCCUCUAGCGCAACUCAAACAGGCAAUCUUACAGACUUCACAACAAGUUCGGAUGUUGAUUUAGCUGUGUUAACAACACCAUCAACCACUAUCACUUCAGUCAGUGGGACAGCCAGCCAAGAUUUAAGUACUACUAUUGAAGAACAGAUGCCUUCAACUGUAUCUCAAUCUUCUUCUAGUACAACUAUACAGAGUCAGUCUCUUGUGACGGAGGAAACAACAGCUAACAAAGAAUCGACCGUUUUAUUCAGUGUCACUCCAUCAAGUAGUCUGACGACGAUUGGUAAUCAAGAUACAAUUGCGGGUUUCACAAAUGAUCAAGAAACAACAGCACAGACGGUUAGUCCAUCUAGCACUUUCAGUCAAGAAACCACUACUGAAACUGCUCAGACUACUAAUUUGGUGCUUUCGAGUACUGUCGGACAGACCCCACAAUUUGAACAGCUAAAUUCUACAGAAAGUCCUGCAUUGGAAGUUAUCACUGAAGUCUCCUCGGUUCAAACGGAAGUAGCUGAGAGUAGUGUUACAACAUUCGCUGCAAGCGAUACCACAUUAAGGCAGGGAAGCUUUACAGUCGAGCAGGAUUUGUCAUCAAUUUCAACGAUUGCACCGUCGACAAAUUCAGUUUCAACUACCUCGUCUUUGCCUGAAAUAACUACUCAGCAAACAGUUGUAGAAAGCGAUGUAGGAAGUACCACUUCCGAACAGGACCUAUCGUCAACUACCACAACAACAAAACCCUCUUCGACUCCAGUAUCAACCCAGUUUUCUUCUGAAACAACAUCUCAGCAAGAAAAUACAGAAACUGAUUCUAUAGGUACCGAAACAACUAUUAACGAAUCGUUUGUUACUACUGCUGUAAGUGCCCCGACACCAACUUUUUUCACAGUAGAGGAAAGUAUUCCGACUCUGACAACAUCUACAGAGAAAGAGGUGAUCGUCACAGAGUCUACAACGCAGUCUGAAGUUGAACCAAGUGCUAGCGUUUCAACAUCUAUGCAAGAAACAUUUCCUACAUCAGAGCCGUCGACAACUCAAAACGAAAAGACUACAUUGUCCAGCAUUUUGUCGUCAGUUCAAAGCACCUUUGCCUUUACUACUAUUUGGCCAACGCCUUCAAGUAUGGAGAAUACCGAGUCGACACUGUCUGAAACGGAGGAGAUCUCAUUAGUUGCUGAAACGCAAUCUGGGGAAUCUCACACAACUACCACGAAUAGCGAAAAUCAAUUGGGAAGCAGUUCCACAAUUAUUACUGCCAGUCCAAUCAAUGAAACCACAAUUGCCUUAUCCACUGAGGGCACCAUAACGUUUGGUUCCACAACAGUUGUUUUCUUUCCCUUAACUUCUUCCAACGAAGCUGGCAGUUCGUUGUCGGGUGAAAAUAGUUCUACCACUACAUUUUCGUCUACAGUUUCUCUAACAGAAAGUACAUUACCUGAUUUAGUUACAUCCGAUGCAGUCACUGAGGCAACACAGAAUACCUCUGUAACGGAUUUAGUGAGUGAAUUAUCAACAUCCGUUUCUAAUCCAAUCUUCACGGAGGAAGACGAUGCAAGUUCAGCAUUGGAACAAAACAUUCAGACUGAAACAGCUUCAUCAUUGGCUCAGGGUCUUUUAAGCACCGUCUCUACGCAAGAACCUGCUAACACUGAAAGAACAACCGAAUCUGUAGAUGUAACGUCUUCAAUCGGACAAGAACAUACAACGGGUGAAAUUCAAACCACCCAGACCUUCUCUACCGCGAUGACGGAAGCUUUUGGAACGUCUUCAACUAUUUCCCCAGUCACUGUAACAAGCGGAUCAGACACAAACCCCAUCACAGAUGAUAUUGUUACUGCUAUGCAUGGAGAACAAGUUACUUCUACCAAUCCGAGUUCAUCUGCCAGCAAUGACAUUUUUACUACUCCUGAAACGAGUGACUCUACUCUACAAAACGAGUCAACAGUUUCCCCUUCCAACAAACCAACAUUAUCCAGUAGUCCACCAUUGGCUGAAAUCACUACUCAAGAAAAUGUAGAAACUUCAACACCGAACGUUCUUACAACGACAAUUAAUGUGAAUGAGGGAAAACCCAUAGAAGACCAAUCAAGCACCUCUCUCACACAAGAAUCUACAUCUGAGAGCGAAGAAACAACUCUUUCCGAAACUGAAACGUCCAUUUCUGGGCAGCAUACCACACAGUUCGAAUUACAGGUCACUCAAACCAAAGAACCAACUAUUGAAGUAACGAGUCAAACGCCCGAAAUCCAAACAGAACUGACCGAUUUUACUACAACAAUGGUUAACAAUUUAAAUACAUCCCAAGGGAGCUCAACGAUCGACCAAGAAUCCCAUACCACAUUUAGCCCGACAACAAACACAGUGUCAACAGUGACAUCUGUGCUUGAAACACUUUCAAGCACGCAGCAAGAAAUCGGCACAACUGACUCUUCUGAAACUACUGUCAAUGAAUCGCUGGCUACCAAUGAGUCAGGCCAAUCAACAGUUAGACCAACAACUGAAGAAGGAACUUUUGACGAUAGUACCACUACCGAAAGAACAACAACGGAGAAUAAACAGACAGUCACUGAAUCUCUGGUAACGUUUGAAAGUGAAACCAAUUCAACUAUCGGUGGCAUAUUCACACAACAGAAUGAUCAAUCAACAAAACCAACUGAGAUGACUGUUGAAAGCGAAUUGACUACGUUGUCAAGUAUUUUAUCGUCAAUUCAAAGUACGAUAUCCUUUACUACUAGUUGGACGUCAUCUAGUGAUGUACAGAACACUGAGUCGACAUUGGUUGAGAGCAGCAACCAUUCAUUUUCUUCAGAAACCCAAACGGAAGAAUCUCUGAUCAUGACAACAUUUAUUAGUUCCGCUUUAACCCAAAAUGAUUCUUCCGUGACUGGCCCGGAUUUAGUUCCCGGAUUUGAUUUAGAUUUUGUGUCUACUACGUCUAGCACAUUCAUAGCGUCUACUCAACCACCUAAUUCGACGAAUGUUACAAAUGACCAAGAAACUACUCCAAUACCUCGUCCAACAGAAACACAACAGGAUCUUUCGGUUGUUACGGAAUCUCAAUCUUCUAUUGGCUCAACGAUUGCUAGCGAAUCUUCUACUACAGAAGAAUUCCCUGUUUCGAUAAGUUCUACACAAUUCACUAAUCCGACAACGACAAGUGAAUCAUCUAAUCAAGAAACAAACGCCAUCGCAACUCAACCAAGCACAGAAUUUGAACAUUCAACUAAUUUCGCACCUGACACUACCACUGUUGAACAAGGAACUACAGAUACCGAAGAACAGCCGAGUAAUACUGAAGUCCCGCAAGUUACCACUGAGAAACUACAGAAUUCAACGGGAUUAGAGGAAAUCACAACAAUUACACCCACUGUCUUGAUUAAUCAGGGAACGUCUACUAUUGAACAAAUUGUUUCGACAACUUCCAGUUCCUCGACUUCGGUGCCGACGACAUUUGUGACUGAAUCUACAAUGCAGUCUCAACAUACAACUUCUAUAUCAGGUGCUUCCACGCAAGUGAGUGAUCAAAAUUCUGACUCAGUUGAAACUACCGAAAUUAACGAUAUGACAACAUUGGCAUCAACUCCGAGUACGUUAUCCUUUACUACUGAUGGGGUGUCAUCAGCGCUGGCCGAUGUAACAACAACAUUCAGUAACUUCUCAGCGCAAACGGAAACUAUUACAGCAAACACCGAUUCAGAAAGUUUUGCCACUUCCAGUCAAGAAACAGCAACUGAAACUCAACAGACGACGAAUUUAGUGUCUACAAGUAGUAUCGGACAGACCACACAUUUUGAUCAGUUUAGUUCUACGGAAUCACCUUCACUUGAAGUUAUCACUGAAAUAUUUUCAGUUCAAACAGAAGUAGCUGAGAGUGGUGUUACUACAUCUUUCGCAGUUGAUACCACCAACGAGGGAAGCUCUACAGUCAAGCAAGAUUUGCCAUCGACAACAGAGGCGUCGACAGAUUUAGUUCUAAAUACUUUGUCUUUUACUGAAACCAAUACCCAGCAACCAAAUUUAGAAACUGAUUCCACGGAAACCUCGAAUAUAGAACAAGAUUUAUCGUCAACGACAACGAUUCCAUCGUCGACUUUAUUUUCAACCCAGUUUUUUUCUGAAACGACGACUCAUCACGAAAAUAUUCAAACUGACUCUUCAGAUACAGAAACAACUUUGAAUGAAUCGUUCGUUACUGAGGCCACGAGUAUUUCGAGUGUAUCAACCACGGUGGAAGAGCCGAUCGCUACAGAGUCUACGACGCAAUCUGAGAUUUUAGUCAGUACUGGCGCUUCAGUGUCUACGCUGGAACCUUCUUCUACGUCAGAGAUAUCUGAGGGGACCAGCCAAAGUGAAGCGACUACAUUGUCUAACAUAUUGUCCUCAAUUCAAAGCACUUUUUCUUUUACGACUAUUUGGCCAUCGUCGUCUAGUGCAGAGAACACUGAGUCAACAAUGGGGGAAACGGAAGAUAUAUCUAUAAUUUCUGAAACGCAAACUGGAGAAUCUCAGUUUACGUCAACAAUUAGUAGCGCAAAUCAAUUGGAAAUUAGCAGUAGCCCUUCUACAGUAACUAAUACUGACGCAAGCAUUGGGACAACAGUCGUUUCGUUGACUGAGGAUCAAACAUCGUCGACCCCUGUUGAUCACUUCUUCAGUCCAGAAACAACAACUUCAAGUGAUCUUACGACUAUUUCGGUGUCUGAUGGACAAGUCACACAGUUUGAACAGCUGACUUCCACAAAAUUUCCUGCUGUUGAAGUUAUCACUGAAGAAUCCUCGGUUCAAACGGAAGGAGCACAGAACGGUUUUACUACAUCCGCCGCGAGUGAUGUCACUUUAGAUCAGGGAAACACAGCUAUCGAGCAGAAUUUGUCCAUAAUAACAACAUUUGCACCGUCGUCGACCUCAGUUUCAACUAUUUCGUCGUUGACUGAAACAUCUACUCAGCAACAAAAUGUAGAAAGUGAUUCUAUGGGAAGCUCUACUAGUGAGCAAGAUUGGUCGCCAACUACAGCUAUUUCCUCGUCAACUUUAGCAUCAACUCAGUUUGUUCCUGAAACAACAUCUCAGCAACAAAAUUUUGAAACUGAUCCUACAGGUACAGAAACAACUAUGAACGAAACGUUCGUUACUGACUCCACAAAUAUACCAAUUCCUCCGGCUGUCACAGUGGAAGAAAAUAUUUCCAAUGUAGCUACAACAACAGAAAAAGAAGCGAUCGUCACAGAGUCAACAACGCCAUCGAAAUUGGAAGAAAUUGUUAGCUCUUCGACGUUUACAGAAGUAACGACUACGUCAUCAGAACCAUUUGAUCAAACAACUCAACGUGAAACGACCACUUUUUCCACCUUUUUGUCGUCAGUUCAAAGCACUGUUGCUGCCUUUACUACUAUUUGGCCACCUUCCUCUAGUGCAGAGAACACCGAAUCGACAACAGUCGAAACAGAACAAAUCUCAACAGUUGCUCAAACACAAUCUGAAGAAACUCAGGUCACAACAAGUACCACUGAUCAAUUGGGAAGCAGUAGCUUUACUACAGUAGUUAAUACUGACCCAAGUAUUGAAACUACAGUCGUUAUCGCAACUGAAGAUCCCACAUUGAUGACUACAACAACUUUAAGUGAUCACACGACGAUUUUGGUUUCUUCUGGAACUGAUGUACAAGUUACACAAUUUCAACAGCCAAGUUCCACGGAUAAACCAGAAUUAGAAGUUAUCACUGAAGGAUUCUCGUUUUUUACAGAAGAAACGGAGAACGUUGUUACUACAUCCGUCGCCAGCGAUACCACUUUAAACCACGGAAGCUCUACCAUCGAGCAGGAUUUGUCUUUGAUAACGACGAUUACACCGUCAUCCACCUCAUUUUCAUCUAGUUCGUCGUUGCUUGGGGCAACUACUGAGCAACAAAACUUGGAAACUGAUUCCCUUGGAAGCUCUAAUAUCGAACAGGGUCAAUCUUCGACUACCACGACAACAAUUCCACUGUCGACCCUAAUUUCAACUGAGUUUUUUUUCGAAACAACUUUGCAGCAGGAUAGUAUAGAAAUGGGUUCCACAGAAACCCCUUUGAGCGAAUCGUUUGUUAUUGGCGCCACAAAUAUUCCCACUACGACAACUACGGGGAAAGAGCCGAUGGUCACAGAGUCUAUCACUCCCGCCGAAACUGAAGAAAGUGCGAGCUCUAGCUCAACAACUACAGAAGAAACUUCUACGUCAUCAGAGCCAAACGUAGAGACAUCUCAAAGCGAAACAACAACAUUGUCCGGCAUUUUGUCGUCGAUUCAAAGCACCUUUUCAUUUACCACUAUUUGGCCAUUAUCUUCUAGUACAGAGAACUUAGAAUCAACACUGUCCGAAACGGAAGAGAGUUCAACUAUUGCUGAAACGCAAUCAGGGGAAUCUCAGGUUACGACAGCAAUGAGUAUCGAUAAUCAAUCGGGAAGUAGUAGUCCGUCUACAGUAUUUAAUACCGACCCAAACAUCGCCACCACAGUCGCUGUGGCGAAUGACGAUCAGACAUUCGCGACCCCUGAUGAAAACAUAUUGAAUCAAGAUUUAACAACUUCCGGUUAUCACACAACUACUUUGCUGCCGUCGAGUACUGGCGGACUAUUCACAGAAAAUGAACAUUCGAUUUCCACGGAAAAACCUGUUUUUGAAACUACCAAUGAAGUAUUUACGGUUCAAACGGAACCAGAGGACAGCGGAAUUAAUACAUUAGUCACGAGCGAUAGCACACUAUCUCAAGCUGUCUCUACUAUUGAGCAAGAUAUAUCGACCUCACGUCCCUAUUCGACUCCAAUAUCAACACAGCAUUCUCCUGAAACAACAACAUCUCAGCAGGAAAAUUUAGAAACUGAUCCUCUAAAUUCGGAAACGACGAGUGGAUCAACUGAUCAAUCACUGGGUACUGAUGGAAUAGACCAAUCCAAUUCAACAAACAAUCCGACCUCUCUGGCUUCCACAGAUGACAAUAGUAUUUCAACUGUGUCCACAACUACGGAGAAUCAAAUAGUUGCUACUGAAUCUACCACUCCCUCUGAGGAUGAAACCAUCGAUUCAGAUACCAACUCUUCGAUGUCUACAGAAGAAAAUGUUUUUACACCAACAUCUGAGAAACCUGGGGGGACAAUUCAAAGUGAAACAGAGACAUUCACUUCUUUAUUUACUACCGAUUCGACAGUUCCCAUUGAUUUACAGAACAUCGGUUCGACACUGACUGAAACAGAACACAUUUCAACAAUUUCCCAAACACAAGCUGAAGAAUCUGAGAUCACGACUAGUCCUCUUGUUACAAUACCUAGUUUUACCAUGAAUACUGUACCAUUCAGCAGUCCGGAAAAUACUUUUGAAAUAACAUCAGAACAAAUAUUUGACUCUACAACUAUGUAUGGUAUGACAACCUCAGAUGAUGAUGAUAGGCCUACACCCACCCAAUCAACAGUAGAUGCAUUUCCGAACCAAACAAUUGAAACACUUUCUUCUACAGAAGAAUCAACAACAGUGGAAAUUACCCCGCCCACAGCAACUACAAAUUCUGCCUCAAUGAACACUGGCCAUGAAAACGAAACAACGAGGCCCUCAUCAGCGACUGAAAAUGACAUCACUACGCCCAUCUCGUUAUCGACUCACUUCAAUGAUCAUAUCUCUAUGGCAGUAACUGAAAGUUCUGCACAAUCUGGGACUUCAACGAUAGGUCUGCUCAACCCUGAAGUAAUAACCGAGGAAGAGAUAGCUUCUUAUGUUUCAUCUGAUGGUUCUACGUCUAUUUUCGUAUCCACUCAUACCCCAGAAGAUUUAACUGUGCAGCAAACAACUUCUAAACCAGUUACUUCGGCAGAAAUGAUAAUUAAUACCACACCAAAAAUUCCGUCUGAAACCCUGGAUUCAGGUUCACUCCUUUCCAGUGUACCAUUUAUCCAAUCUACAACACAGCCCACUACUGUUUUCACAACGACAACGGAAAUAAUUACUAACAGUCCUGUUAGUAUUGAUUCAACGUCUCAUUCAGCAAAUUUUGACAGUUUCACUACAGAGACAUCAACGCCAGAUUCUUCUGUUUCUCUUCCAGUGACUGUUGUACAGCACACGACCUCACAGCCAUUUGAUCUAACAACGCCCAUUUCAAAUGAAUUCCAAACUGAUGGGAAUAGCCAAAACGUACCAACUGCCAUAGUCACUGAAACUUCCACAUCUGGAGGAAUUUCGUCUACAGAUCAAACCGAGACUAUUGUAAUCAUUUCAUCCGACAACGUAUCUACUGACGAUCUUUCGAGUAGUGGACCAACUGGUACAACCUUGGUUGUAUCGAAUGAAGCUGUGGUAACAGAAGUAACGUCCAUAGAAGAAACGAGUACAUCAGAACCAUGCUAUGAUACCGAAGACGAAUUUACCACCGAGUUGACAGAGACAGAGACAGAACCAACGACUGGAAAUACUGAUUGCGAUUCAACUACCACGACAAACGCAGAAGUAAUGGACACAACGGAAAUUACUUCUACAAUUGCUAGUUUGUCGACUUCCCCAAGUUUCACAACAAAUCAUCCAUCGGAAUCCACGACACCAACAGUAUUCACUACACUGGAAGACGUACAGACAUCUACAAUGCCAUCAUUUGAAAGCACCACUGAAGGAGGCAUAACUGAUGCAUUUGGUCUGAUUGAAUCAAAUGUUGACAUAAUAGACAGUGCGGAAGACAGUACGGAUGAGACAGCAACCUCAGAAUGUUUGGAAGAAGAAGAAACCACAACCGCUAAGCCUACAGCAGAGACGACAACAGUCACCGAACAGGUAAUUGUCACUACGGACAGUGUCACGGAAAGUCCAACGGAGGCCACAAGUGAAAAUUCUACUACAGAAUCCAUGGCGACUGCAGAAUCUACGACGGCUUAUACGACAACAGAUGCCUUCACAACGGAAACACCUAUUGAAGUUACCACUAUUGAUAUAGAUGUAGAGACAACAACAAAUGUGCAAGAGACAACCUUCUCAACGGAAGUUUCUAUUAGCGAAACCACUGAACCCGUAACCACUGAAGCCAUAAGUACUGAACAACCAACCACUGAAGCCAUGACUACUGAACAAACAACUACUGAAGCUAUAACUACUGAACAAGCAACCACUGAAGCCGUGACUACUGAACAUGUAACCACUGAAGCCAUGACAACUGAACAAGCAACCACUGAAACCGUAACUACUGAGCAAGCAACCACUGAAGCCAUGACUAUUGAACAAACAACCACUGAAGCCGUGACUACUGAACAAGCAGCCACUGAAAUCAUGACUACUGAACACACAACCACUGAAGCCGUGACUACUGAACAGGUAACCACUGAAGCCAUGACAACUGAACAAGCAACCACUGAAGCAAUGACUACUGAACAAACAACCACUGAAGCUGUGACUACUGAACAAGCAACCACUGAAGCCAUUACUACUGAAAAAGCAACCACUGAAGCCUUAACUACUGAGCAAGCAACCACUGAAGCUGUGACUACUGAACAAGCAACCACUGAAGCCAUUACUACUGAACAAGCAACCACUGAAGCCGUGACUACUGAACAGGUAACCACUGAAGCCAUGACUACUGAACAAGCAACCACUGAAGCCUUAACUACUGAGCAAGCAACCACUGAAGCUGUAACUACUGAACAAGCAACCACUGAAGCCAUUACUACUGAACAAGCAACCACUGAAGCCGUGACUACUGAACAAGCAACCACUGAAGCCGUGACUACUGAACAGGUAACCACUGAAGCCAUGACUACUGAACAAGCAACCACUGAAGCCGUAACUACUGAACAAGCAACCACUGAAGCCAUGACUACUGAACAGGUUACCACUGAAGCCAUGACUACUGAACAAACAACAACUGAAGCCGUGACUACUGAACAAACAACAACUGAAGCCGUGACUACUGAACAAACAAAUGAAACUAUUACCAAUACUCUAGCGCCAACUACAGAGGAAAUGGCUAUUACAGAACAAGUAACAACGGAGUAUCUCACCGAAGCUCCUAUUGUAGAAACUACUACAACUGAAAAAAUUACAACCGAAGCAGCGAUGGAUGCACCGACUGAUGCACCGACACAACCACCGACUACUAUGAUGUCGGCUGUUUUUACAACGCCGAGCUCGGAUGUGCAACAAAGUACAGCCUUCUUCACGACCUUUCAGGAAACCACCACUGAUCUGACAACGGUUACACUACCGAUUAUUGAAGUGAACACCGUAUUUACUGAUCUAAUCGUACCCGUGCCCCCGCCAAUCAAUACUAUUUUCGUACCGUCGGUAUCUUCUUCAUCAUCCGGAUCAUCUUCAAGUUCGUCAUCAUCAGGCGAUUCUUCAAUCAGUAGUGGGCCAUCCUCACCUUGGGGGGCCUUAGUUCCUAUUUGGAACGCUUUCCCAGUUUUAGGCAUUGCAGCACUCAUCAUCGCUUCGCCAUUCCUCCUACUUCUUUCCGUGCUGUUCAUUGGAACCCCUUUCGGUAGAUCUAUUGAUGGCGGUGGUGAUUUGCUCCUUGCUCUUUUCAACGAUCUCUACGAAGAUCGAACGCUGGACCAUCCUUGGUUGAUUGCCAAAAUCCUAUCGCAAAUGUUUCCCGAAGAAUUUAAUCCAUCGAGCAGCGAAGAAAGAAUGGUUCUUACCAAAUAUGUUGCAAAAAUGUUUCCGGAGCAACUUGAAAGCUUGCAAAAUUGGAAAGAGUUGUCCAUACCUAGUGUGUUGAUCCAUUUGAUUCCGGAGAAAUUCGCUCAAGUGGACUAUAAGCAUCUGGAUAAAUAUCUGACCGACGAUACCGUUGACUAUACCGAAACUGGAAACCUAAGAUUGUUGAUGCUUCGCCUUCUGACAGCCGCAAAAGACAACCUUCCAGAAUUCGCGCAAAAAUAUAUAACUCCAGAGGUCGAAGAAAAACUGAGAGUAAUAGUGAAAAAUUCCGAUUUGAUUUCAAAGUUAAAGAAUGUUAUACCGGAUUCAAGUCACUUGGACAACGAAUGGCUUUUUGAUCGACUUAUGUUCAAAAUCAAGAAUUUCAAAAAAUCCGAUGAGGAAAUCGAGGGAUCAGCGCCGACGGAACCAACAACACAAGGAACAACACAACCCGAAACACGCCCUACAACAACGUCCGUCUCGCCACCUCCGAAAUGUCAAUGGGGUCCAAUUCUCUGUUCAAUUAAUCGCGUCUCUUUCCAACGGAAUGUAGACAAGCGUGGAGAUGUAGAUGCGGGGAAAAUCAAAGAAAUUGUUUCUAGAAAACCCAACAACGUUCCACAGUGGCUUCGUGCUGCAAGAAGGAAGAAUGCAACUGAGAAAGCCCUGUCCAUCAAAGAGCCACGACGCGUUCCCAACAUGCUCUUCCGUCGUUUUCUCUUCGAUCCAGUCCGUGCUUAAUUCAACCAAGACAAAUUUAAUUUAAUUCAUUUCUGCUGCACAUAAAAAAAUAACCUUUAUCAUUCGUUUUAUCAGUAAUGUUUUAAAAAUAUUCACACAACAUUGACUAGUUCUUUAUUCUGAACUUACAUUUUGCCCACACACGAGCUUAUUUCGCUUACCCCAAAUUCAGCAAUGAGUGCAGUAGAGUGGGAAGUGAUCUGGUAGAUCUGGCUGAACAUUUUAUUAAGUUUUAAAGCACCCAUUAUUU